AUGAAUAAAGUGUGCAUGAAAAGUGUGCACACUUUAACAUCACAACCGCUUUGUAUAGAGACAAUCCUUUACCCAGUCUCCCACACACCUCUACCCACAGUCCCCCACACACCUCCUCUACCCACAGUCCCCCACACAACUCCUCUACCCACUAUCUCCCACACCUCUUCUACUCACAGUCUCCCACACAACUUUUUUACCCACAGUCCCCCACACACCUCCUCUACCCAGUCCCCCACACAUCUCCUCUACCCACAGUCCCCCACACAACUCCUCUACCCAGUCUCCCACACAACACCUCUACCCACAGUCUCCCACACACCUCCUCUACCCACAUUCUCCCACACACCUCCUCUACCCACAUUCUCCCAUACACCUCCUCUACCCACAGUCUCCCACACACCUCCUCUACCCACAUUCUCCCACACAUAUCCUCUACCCACAGUCCCCCACACACCUCCUCUACCCACAGUCUCCCACACAACUCCUCUACCCACAGUCUCCCACACAACUUUUCUACACACAGUCUCCCACACACCUCCUCUACCCACAUUCUCCCACACAACACCUCUACCCACAGUCCCCCACACAUCUCCUCUACCCACAGUCUCCCACACAUCUCCUCUACCCACAGUCUCCCACACAACUCCUCUACCCACAGUUCCCCACACACCUCCUCUACCUACAGUCCCCCACACACCUCCUCUACCCACAGUCCCCCACACACCUCCUCUACCCACAGUCUCCCACACAACUCCUCUAGCCACAUUCUCCCACACACCUCUUCUACCCACAGUCUCCCACACACCUCUACCCACAGUAUCCCACACAACUCCUCUAUCCACAGUCUCCCACACAACUUUUCUACCCACAUUCUCCAGCACAACUCUACCCACAGUCCCCCACACAACUCCUCUACCCACAGUCCCCCACACAACUCCUCUACCCACAGUCCCCCACACAACUCCUCUACCCACAGUCUCCCACACAACUUUUCUACCCACAUUCUCCAGCACAACUCUACCCACAUUCUCCAGCACAACUCUACCCACAUUCUCCAGCACAACUCUACCCACAUUUUCUCACACAGUCUCCAGCACAACUCUACCCACAUUCUCCAGCACAACUCUACCCACAUUCUCCAGCACAACUCUACCCACAUUUUCUCACACAGUCUCCAGCACAACUCUACCCACAUUCUCCAGCACAACUCUACCCACAUUCUCCAGCACAACUCUACCCACAUUUUCUCACACAGUCUCCAGCACAACUCUACCCACAUUCUCCAGCACAACUCUACCCACAUUUUCUCACACAGUCUUCCACACAACUCUUCUUCUUACAGUCUCCUACACAACUCUUCUACCUAAUUUUCUCUCACAUACCUCUGUACUCACAGUCUCCCACAUAACUCAUCUACUUAGUCUCCCAGUCCCACACAACUUUUACUAG